AUGGCGGCGGCGGGCCGGCUGCCGAGCACCUGGGUGCUGCUGGCGCCUCUCCUCGGGGGUCUCGCGCUGCUGGGCGUCGGGCCGGCCCCGGCGCGGGCACUGCACAACGUCACAGCCGAGCUCUUUGGGGCGGAGGCCUGGGGCACCUUGGCGGCCUUCGGGGACCUCAACUCCGACAAGCAGACGGACCUCUUCGUGCUGCGCGAAAGAAAUAAUUUAGUCGUCUUUUUGGCAGACCAGAACGCACCCUAUUUUAAACCAAAAGUAAACCUAUCCUUGAUGAAUUACAGUGAAUUGAUAACAAGUGUAGUGCCUGGGGAUUAUGAUGGAGAUUCACAAAUGGAUGUCCUGCUGACAUAUCUUCCCAAAAAUCGUGGCAACAGUGAACUAGGAGCUGUUAUCUUCUGGGGACAAAAUCAAACAUUAGAUCCUAACAAUAUGACCGUGCUUAAUAGGACUUUUCCGGAUGAACCACUGAUUAUGGAUUUCAAUGGUGAUUUAAUUCCUGAUGUAUUUGGUGUUACAAAUGAAUCCAGCCAGUCACAGAUACUAUUAGGAGGAAAUUUAUCUUGGCAUCCUGCGCUGACAACGGAAAGCAAAAUGCGAAUUCCACAUUCUCAUGCAUUUAUUGAUAUGACUCAAGAUUUUACAGCAGAUUUAUUCCUCACGACAUUGUCUAGCUCUGGUAAACCCCAGUUUGAAAUAUGGGAAAAUUUGGAUGGAAACUUCUCUAUCAGUAGUAUACUUGAAAAACCUCAAAAUAUGCUGGUGAUUGGACAAUCAGCUUUUGCAGAUUUUGAUGGAGAUGGACACAUGGAUCACUUACUACCCGGCUGUGAGGAUCAAAAUUGCCACAAAAGCAUCAUCUACUUAGCACUCUCUGGAGCAAAGCAGUGGGUUCCGGUCCUGCAGAAUUUCAGCAAUAAGGGCACACUCUGGGGCUUUGUGCCAUUUGUGAAUGAAAAACGACUAACGGAAAUAUCAAUGCCAAUUACCCUUCAUAUUGGAGAUUACAACAUGGACGGCUAUCCAGAUGCUUUGGCCAUACUGAAGAAUACGUCUGGAAGCAAUCAGCAGGCCUUUUUGCUGGAGAAUGUCCCUUGUAAUAACGCAAGCUGUGAGGAAGUGCAUCGAAUGUUCAAAGUCUACUGGGAGCUAACGGACCUCAAUCAAAUCAGAGAUGCCAUGGUUGCCACGUUCUUUGACAUUUACGAAGAUGGAAUUUUGGACAUUGUAGUGCUAAGUAAAGGAUAUACAAAGAAUGAUUUUGCCAUCCAUACACUAAAAAAUAACUUUGAAGCAGAUGCUUAUUUUGUUAAAGUCAUUGUGCUUAGUGGUCUCUGUUCCAAUGACUGUCCUCGUAAGAUAACACCCUUUGGCGUGAAUCAGCCAGGACCUUAUAUCAUGUAUACAACUGUAGACGCAAACGGCUAUCUGAAAAAUGGCUCAGCUGGACAACUCAGCCAGUCAGCACAUUUAGCCCUCCAACUACCAUACAGUGUUCUUGGCUUAGGUCGAAGUGCAAAUUUUCUUGACCAUCUUUAUGUUGGUAUUCCCCGUCCAUCUGGAGAGAGGUCUGUACGGAAACAAGAGUGGACUGCAAUCAUUCCAAAUUCCCAGCUAAUUGUCAUUCCAUAUCCUCACAAUGUCCCUCGAAGCUGGAGUGCCAAAUUAUACCUCACACCAAGUAACAUUGUUCUGCUGACGGCCAUAGCUCUCACUGGUGUCUGUGUUUUCAUCUUGGCAAUAAUUGGCAUUUUACAUUGGCAGGAAAAGAAAGCAGAUGACAGAGAAAAGCGACAAGAGGCCCAUCGGUUUCAUUUUGAUGCUAUGUGACUCGCCUUUAACAUUACAUGAUGGAGUGGCUAUUCUCUUGACUAGUUGAAACACUAAAUGCCGGCAUAGAGAAGAAAAUAGGAGAUUUUAAACAUUAUUUAUAUUACAUCCAUGGUAAUUGUUGUAAGUAUUCAAAUAAAUGUGUCUGACAUGUCACAAGGUCCUUUUUUAAAACAGCACUUUGUAUGCAAAAAUUUGGGUUCUGUAUAUUCUUGUUCCUUUGUGGACAGUGUUGCAUGUCUGUAUUCACAUAUUUAUAAUCUUAUUAGAGUACUGAAAGUGGAAAAAGAUGUGUAAAUACAAAUAUUUAAAUGGACAGGAUUUUUUUCUGUGCCACAUG